UCGCUGCUCCCGGAGUAGUUGGUGCCAGUGAAGUGCGGGCGGCGAUGCGAGCGAAAGUUGCGCUCGGCGCGGCGCUGGGGGCCUGAAGCGGCUCCGCGCUCCGCCCGCCAGGCCGCCCCCAGCCCCAGCUCGCGCCGCAGGCUCCGCCGCGCCCGCCGCACUCCCCCCUGGCCCGGCGCCCCCUCCUCCGGAGCCGCGGGUCCCCGCCACUUUCGCGCGGCUCAGGCCCCCCGCCGAUGCCGGCCAUGGUAGAGAAGGGCCCCGAGGUCUCAGGGAAGCGCAGGGGGAGGAACAACGCGGCCAGCGCCGCCGCCUCGGCCACCGCCGCCUCGGCCGCCUCCGCCUCGGCCGCCUCGGCCGCCGCCGCCGCCUCCGCCUCGGCCGCCGCCGCCUCGGCCGCCGCCCCCAGUAAUGGGCAGAAUAAAAGUUUGGCGGCGGCCAACGGCGGCAGCACCUCCUGGGAGGAAGGUAGCUCGGGCGCGUCCAGCGACGAGGAGCACGGUGGCGGCGGCAUGCGGGUCGGACCCCAGUACCAGGCGGUGGUGCCCGACUUCGACCCCGCCAAACUAGCAAGACGCAGUCAAGAGCGGGACAGUCUUGGCAUGCUGGUCUGGUCACCUAAUCAGAAUCUUUCAGAAGCAAAACUGGAUGAGUACAUUGCCAUCGCUAAGGAGAAGCAUGGUUACAACAUGGAACAGGCUCUCGGGAUGCUUUUUUGGCACAAGCACAACAUCGAAAAAUCACUGGCUGAUUUGCCCAACUUUACCCCCUUCCCAGAUGAGUGGACUGUGGAAGAUAAGGUUUUAUUUGAACAAGCUUUUAGUUUUCACGGGAAGACUUUUCAUAGAAUCCAACAAAUGCUUCCUGAUAAAUCUAUAGCAAGUCUGGUGAAAUUUUACUACUCUUGGAAGAAGACGAGGACCAAGACCAGUGUGAUGGAUCGCCAUGCUCGGAAGCAGAAACGGGAGCGGGAGGAAAGUGAGGAUGAACUGGAAGAAACAAAUGGAAAUAACCCCAUUGACAUUGAGAUUGAUCAAAACAAGGAAAGCAAAAAGGAGGUGCCCCCUACCGAAACAGUUCCUCAGAUCAAAAAAGAAAAGCAUAGUGCACAAGCUAAGAAUAGAGCCAAAAGGAAGCCCCCAAAAGGAAUGUUUCUUUCUCAAGAAGAUGUGGAGGCCGUUUCUGCCAAUGCCACCGCUGCCACCACGGUGCUGAGACAACUAGACAUGGAGCUGGUCUCGAUCAAACGACAGAUCCAGAAUAUUAAACAGACGAACAGUGCUCUCAAAGAAAAGCUUGAUGGUGGAAUAGAACCGUACCGACUUCCAGAGGUCAUUCAGAAAUGUAACGCACGUUGGACCACAGAAGAGCAGCUUCUCGCCGUACAAGCCAUCAGAAAAUAUGGCCGAGAUUUUCAGGCAAUCUCAGAUGUGAUUGGGAACAAGUCAGUGGUACAAGUGAAAAACUUUUUUGUAAAUUAUCGACGCCGCUUCAACAUAGAUGAAGUUUUACAAGAAUGGGAGGCAGAACAUGGGAAAGAAGAGACCAAUGGACCCAGUAACCAGAAACCUGUAAAGUCCCCAGAUAAUUCGAUCAAGAUGCCUGAAGAGGAAGACGAGACUGCUUCUGUUCUUGACGUCAGAUAUGCAUCUGCUUCAUGAGAGACCCUGGCAGCUCUGAGCACUUGGUGUGGGCGACCAUGUCACCCAGGAUAUCAGGUAUCACAAGGCCUCCCCUAGCCGUCUGCAUCACGUCUCUGUGGACAAGCAGCUGUUACCAAAAAUGGCAUAUACACUGCAGUCCUGUGCUCCAUCUGCCUUAAGUCUUCGCUCAUUCCCCACGUUGGCGCCGCCUCCCAGAGAGCUCCAGCGCAGCGCUCACCCUGCCUAGUGCUGGGGGCUCUCGUGGCCUGCUCGCCCCCCUGACUCCGGGGCCCACCUCCCCAGUUGGAGCUCCUGAGCCCCACCGAUGGCAGCUCUCCACGUCAGCAGCUUCAGAACAGGUAGCCGACUCAGAGGGCACGACUCUGUUCCUGCAUGGCCUGCCAUUUCUACUUUGUGCAUAAUGUAAUUUUCAGAGUGACUGUGACCCUGUUGGCCUUCUAGGAAGUUUCUCUUGUUCUUUUCUGAGGCACCCACCUAAGUGAUAUCAUGCUCCUUUGGAAAUCACGAUAAAUUGGCAGACUGCAUUAUAACCUUUAUCGUGCCAAACAUCCUGAUACAACUCACAUUUCCCUAAACAUAGGGCAUAAUUAUGGUUUAUAAAUUCGCUUGGCUUAAGCCUCCCUCCUCCUCUUCCAAGUGGUAGAAAGUUCAGACACAGCAGCUAUCCUGGGACACUGUAGCUUAAUGGGAACGUGGCCCUCAACACUUGCCUUCUGCUUUCGGCGUUGUGGCCCCAGGAUGGGUGCCACCUUAGCUUUUCCUGGCGGCCCGCAGCCCCCACUCCGGCCAUCACCAACCAACUCCAAGAGGUCUGGUCCAUGCCACUGUACUGGUGCUUGUACAUUUGGAAUUGGUGCCUUCUCCUUUUGGCAACCAUGUUAUCAAUCCUCUUUCUGUUUUAGUGUCUUAUUUCUUCUGCAAAGUUUAUUGCUUGCCAAAGAUGACAUCGCUGAGAUGAGGAGCUGGGAGAACUGGCUGCGGGUUUUGACAGGGCAGGUUCUGACUGUCGGGUUAGCUGAUGAAGGGUGUUAGGACAGCCGGUGACGGGUCUGUAAGAGCUUCAUGUGGCCAGUUCCCGCCCUGUUGCUGUGCGGCCUUUUACGUGUCCUUCCACUCAUCCCGUGUGUCCCAUGUGAGUUGAAGGCGAUCACACCGCACCCCCUCCCCCCAGUGCUACAGGGCCAGGUGGGGGUCGGUGCUGGUUCUGUGAGACCAGGCUGAAAGGGAACAGUCUGCAGGGCAUUAGGGGAAGCCGUGGUUGGACUGCAAACAAGUUAACGUUUUGAAUCAAUGUCCUGAGACGCUUUUAUUCUCUUGCCCAGCCACGGACCUGCUGAGGGGCUGAGGGCAGAUGGACUGUCAGACUGCACUCUGAUGUAACCUGUUCCCCGUGCCAUGGUCAGUCCAGCCCGCACUAGACAUGUGGAGGAAGAUUUUGGGUUGUUUUUUGCAUCAUUUAAAUAUUUUUCCUGCUUUCGAUACCAAAAAGAAAAAAAUACUGAUGCUUUAAGGCAAAACAGAAUUCGUGAGAAUUUAAAAUAUGCAAUUAGAAUUUGAUGUGUUUGGCUCCCAAGCACCUUGCUUUUUUUUUCUUUUUAAGUUGGCUCAUUUUCUCUUUAGGAAGAGUUUCAGUUAGAAACCUAGAUUGUUUGGAAUUGUGCUGCUUUUUUUAGUAUCUGGAGGAAGGACCUUCAGAUGGGGAGUGAACAGGGACUUCCCUGACUUUCACCGUUCCGUCCCCACCCUAGGUGUGUGUGGGUCAAGUAAGAGCAUGUGAAGAGCAUCAGAGGGUCAGAGGUCACAGCUCACUGUUCCUGCCUGGACAGGGAUAGCAAAAUAACACUAGUAACCAUGUAGGGUUUGUUCUUGUUUUAAUCAUAAGCCUGCCAUGCGAAAAUGGCAGGAAAAACAUGGGGAGGAGGUGGCAUGAGUUUUGCACAUCACUUAAAGGGGACACUAGACAGAAACUGAAGCUUUUAGGGUCUCCUUGCUCUUUCUCAAGACCACCUUCCUCUUCACAGAGGCAGUAGGCAGUUUGCAGCAGGAGGUUCUCGCUGUGUCUGCAGGUAUGCUCCUCUCUUCACGCCCAGGCUGGUUCCUCAAGAAGGGACCCCUUCUGGCAGCUGGGAAGUGUGCUGCUCUUUGUGCAAAGCAUGGCAGGCACCUGGCAGCACCAGGCCUGUGAGUGCUGUGCUGUCCCCUUACUCAGCCAGUCCUGGAGAAGCGCCUUGCUGGCACACUUGGAUUCGGCUUUCUCUGCAGGCGAAGGGGUGCAUGGUUGUCAUUUCCCAGAAGGAAAGGAUAGUGUCUGCCUGCAGGCCUUUGCUGUGGUUUCAUGUGUAAGACUGUUCUAAACUGCUUCAUUACACUGUCUUUUCAAUGAUGUUGUAAAUGCAAGAAAUCAUGGAGCUUUAAAAGCUGAGUGGUUUGGUCUUAUUUAUGUGAAGACCCUUUUUAACAUAUCAAGACUGUGGUGUAUCAGCAGGUCUGCUUGGAUGUGAGGGUCCACAGUGACAACUGCUUCGGAUGCAAUGUUCACGUAAGCUUUGUCUUCUUAAAAAUUAUCAAUGUGAAUGUCAUAAUUAUAUAUAUAUAUUUUUUGGAAAAUUUCACCUGAGUAUAAGUUAUUGUGCAAAAUAUAGUACCAUUGAAGCAAAUGAUAGUUUAACUUUUAGUUUAGAAAUCCUAAAAGAUAUAAAUUGUACUGCAGAUGCAUUAAAAGUCUCUUCUAUUUAAUUUUAUGUAGGUGUGUAAAGUGUUAGGUAAAAUUUUUGUCACUUAUCCAUUUAAACACCUUGUUACUUGAAUAUUGUGUUGACUGGUCUGAAACAGUGGUCGAUUCUGUAAUACAGCUCUUCUACCCAGGAAGUAACGUGCCUGAGUGGUGCCGAUUAGGUUCAUAGUGGUACACAAUCAGGUGCUGGUGUCAGGAGCCAGAAAUGAGUGUAACACACCCACUGCGUUGGCUAGGUAUAUCUGUGCCACCAAGACACCACUUCCUCAAAAUGGUUUUUGGUAGUUUUUAACCUAUAAGACACUUCGAUAGCAUAGACCUCUAAUCAAAAAAUGAAGAUGAAAAAGUGGUCAACUUGUAAAAGCUUACUGUGGUGGACUAAUUAAGCAGUUGUUUUCUGUGUAUAUGAAGUUUCCUCAAAUACCACACACCACUAUUUAAGUGUGCUCAUUGUCACUUUAAAUUUCAGCUCCGCCCUAUUUUUGUCUUUCUAAAUAUCAGAUGUACUAUUGGUAUAAUCGCAUACCAAAAAUAAGCCGAACAGUGCAUUACACUAACUGGACCCCUGCUUGUGUGAGCAAAGGAGAGCCUCAUUUCUCUCGUCUGGCCUGUUUCUGAAUCUAGUGACCCAGAUUCAAGCUUUUACUAGCAAGUGAAACUUCUCCUCAAGUUGACUAGAGGUAUUUAGCUCAUCUGCAUCCUGGUGAUCUUGUGCAAUGCUCAGACACAGAUCCUCUUUUGGCCACUCCCCCGAUCACUGCAGCUCUUCUUAAUUAGAGUGAAGCACAAUUGCAGCAGCGUUAGAGCUCGGAAGAAGGAAGGUCGGUGUAGGCUAUGCAUGCUGUGUGAGACGGGUGUUUACAGCCACCUUCUCCUGAAACGGCUUCAUACGGAGCAGAUCGUAUCCCAUCAGGUAGACCCAUCCACUUUGCUAAGUGCUUUUUAGAUUGCUUCAAGUUUUUCAAGAUUUUAAAAGAUGUAUAAGGUUAAGUUUGCAAAUAUAAUGGAAAUGCUGUAUAUCUUUUGAAGUGAUAAAAUCCAUGUUGAAAUUUUAAAGAAAAUAAUGUUGUAAUAAUGCUGUUGUAAGUAAUAUUUUAAUGUCUCUUCUGCCUGUUUUCUACUUCAGCACAUUCAUUUGGUGAAUGUUCAUAGCAUUAUAAUUGCUCAGCCACUGACUGAGAACAUUUGUUAGCGGACAUUGGAAAUUUUAUUUGUGAAAUUCUGCAGAAUUCAUUUUUCUAUUUCCAAUAUUUGCUCAAGUUAAAUAAAAAUUGUCAAGCCAUUGAUGUAAUAAAAUAUGAAACACAAGACAGUUUUCUGCCCCCCAGCAGAGCAGUAGCCCACCCUAAUACAAAGUGGGUGCUCCCCUGCCUUUUGUGUUGGACCUCAAGGUCCUGAACGGAUCGGUUCCCCAGAGCCCCACCCUGGGGAAGUACAGCCCCAGAUGCCUUUUGAUUUUAGCCUUUAGCUCUGCCUGAACUGCUUUCUUAUGUAUGAUCAUUUGGUUGGGGUCAGAUUGAGGUGCAUAAGUUUGGGAAGUUUGCCAUUGCUGAGGGCUUAAAUGUAAAGGUCCACUGGGGUGAAUGCUUUUUCCCAGUAGUGGUUUUUCUCUUUUCAGCAUAUCCAGUCUUUGGCACCUGAAAGCUGGCCUCUGACAGCCCCGGACGGGGCAGUGAGGAGGCAAGCCCACUGCCUUUGUUGCUGUGGUCAGCCCCCCAGGGUAGCCUGGAGGGCGCUCCCAGCAUCCACUGGCCCUCUGUGGCCCUUCCUUGACAGCCGGAAUAUAGGUAUGGUUAGAUAACUGCUGUGAAAGCCUGACUGCAGAUCCAGCAUUGCCUCGGACAACAUGUAAGACAGGCUGAUGGCGUCCCUCCGCGUAUCUGACUUCACACUGUGUACAAGCGGGGUUCACAUAAUGCUUCUCAGAACUCCUGUCCAGGACAGAAGACAGGACGGUGCUGUGGUCGCUGUUCUCAGCGCUGCAGGGCCUGCAGGGAGGAAGAGGUACAGUCUCCUUGGAUGGGACACAUGGGCAACACCUAGGAGAGGAGGGCCGAGCUGAGAGAGCCUGGUAUGCGGCUUGCAGAGGCGACUCGUGCAGAACAGGAAGGAGCCAGAGCCGAGGCCCGACCCCUGCCAGUCAGUGGGGGAGGAAGGGAAGCCAGAGAGCAUGCCGGGGAGCCACGGAGACGAGGGGCGUCCCGGCUAGGGGGGUGCCCACUGUCAGUGUUGCUUGACUGUCUGGGCGUGGCCUUUGUUGGCUCAGAGGAAUAAGGAGCGAGAAGGAACAGAGGUAUUAAGGGAGAGGCUCUCCGACUGCCGCGCGCACACAGGCCUGGCUCCCAUCAGGAGUGUGGGAGCCAUGUCGGGGGCCCCACGUCAAGGGCGCGGGUGGAGUGCAGGUCCAGGCUUCUUCCUGCCAGCCGGAAGGAAGGAACACCUGUGGACAGGUGUUUACAGGUCACCUGUUGUGCCCCAUCUCCAUCCUCUGGGCCCUUGCUACAGCCCUGGCUUCAGGCAGGUAUCCCUGGCGGCAUCUCAUGUGGGCAGCAGGGGUUGUUCAGGCCCCAGGGCUGCCCUGGGCACCACGGGCGCUGGGCAUCCUCUCUGUGGAGGCAGCUCUGCAGGGCUUCUCACAGCCCACAUGGUACCCAACUAAAAAAUGCACCCCAUCUCACUUUUCCUCACCCCACCCUGUGCUGGGAUCACAUUCAAAAUCACACUGUUUACCCACAGACCCUCACCGUAGGCUGUGCUUUCUGGUGGAAUCCAGGCCAGGACCACACAGGUGAGAACUUCUCUCCCCACCAGGCCUGCCAUAGCCCUGGUAACUUCUGUUGAGGGGACAGGUCUUGGGCGCACUUACCGACCCAGACUGGCAGAAGGCUGCGGCACUGCCACGAGACUAUCCAGUGAACGCGUGAGCUGAGAGGAGGCGCCCCCUGCUCCCGGGUGCCGCUCCUGCCUCUGCGGCCGCCGCUGCUGUGCCUCUGGGCACUGCGUGCCAUGCUGGGUGCUGCUUCUCGGAAGGAAGAGAUGGGGCGCUCUGCCUGGGGGAAUCCCUUUACUUCUCAGCAGAUCAAGACCAUGCUUGUUCUUGGCGGCAGCUGCUUUGUGCUUGGAGCCUAGACAAGGGCACAGGUGCCCCAGCUCACUCUCUGGUCCUGGGCUGGAUGGAACUGCCCCCCAGGGCAGUCACUUGGGUCCUCAUUCCCACUCACCCAAGAAGCAUGAGCCCAGUCAUGGGCCUGGAAGUGCACUGGUCUCUUCCCACCAGCUGUCCUCCCUGGACUGGGGCUGUCAGCGCCUUUGCCCAGUGCUGGAGCUCAGCUCCACGUGCUCCCCCCCUCCCCUUCAGACCUCCCCUGGGAUAUACACGUUUCCAGCCACCAAAAGGGAGACCCUGGCAUCACCUGGCUGGGCCCCGGCCUCCUCCCCUCUCCCUCACCCGCUCCCUGCACCCACCACCCACCAUCUGGCCCUUCCCGCUGAAAGUGCAGCUUCUGCCAUCUGGGAAAACACAGCCUUCCUUCUGACUUAAGCCAAGUAGGGCCUGCUUCAGGGAUGCUGUGCGGCCAUGCCUCCCUCCAUGCCCUGUCCCUGGGACAGCCACGCUGCCUCUCUCUGAGGUCCUGCGCAGCGUGCCGCCCCCACCAUCAGCAGAGGCUGCUCUCGGGGCUCCUUCCACUUACACCCUUGCACCACACUACAGAGCAAGGGUGUCACGUGUUCGUUCAUUCCCCUAAAUGGGCACCAGUGAACACACUUGGUACUGAAGACACAGGCUGAAACAUAGUCCCUGUUGCCGUCCUGUGGCCCACAGGCAGCUGGAGUUGUCCGUUCCCUCCUGUUCUUCCAGGGAGAAGGAUCCCAUGUGUGCAUGCUCACUUGCACGUGUACAAAGAAUCGUUUUUCCGUACAAUUCACAUACUCUGUACCUGGCUGCGUGCCUGGCUUUUUUUUACCCUACUUCUGCAUCACCACGUGUGUGUGAGCUGCUCCUUCCCUAGGUCCUGGCUCCGUGCUAGCACUCCAGUUAUGGCUGACAACUUGUUCCAACCGCUGUCAACUGAUGGUCACUGAAUUGUUACUUAUAAUAUCAGCAGACUGGAAAUUUUGCCUGCAUGCACAUGUAGUUCUAGAAUAAAUAUCAGGGAUUGGAA